GGGCAAUAGUGAGAGGCGGGUUGGGCAAUAGUGAGAGGCGGGGCAGCCAAUAGGAGGCGCGAACUUUUACCUGAGGAGAGAAGCGCGGGCUGUGAGGGAUAAUGGGCGGGCUCUCUCCGUUUACUGUGCGCACAUCUCCGAGCCUGGCAGCCCCGUGUCACUUAUACCGACACCUGUAUCUACAAGACUGACAUUGUGUCACUAUAUAAGGAAAUGUCGUUGGUUUGGCUCCAGGUGGGUCAGUGUGGUAACCAGAUUGGGCAGGAGUGGUGGCAGAUUGUGUGCAACAAUGCAUCGGAAGCUGACAGGUAUCCCUAUUUCUCUCGGGAUGGGAUGAUAAAUGCCAUCUGUGUGGACAGUGAGCCCAAAGUCGUUCGAAAACUAGGGAAACAAGUGACGAGAGGGAAUUUCAGAGACUCUAAUCUGAUCGUGGGGAGAAGAGGGAGAGGAAACAACUGGGCAUUUGGUUACAGCGGGGUUGGUGGAGACACAGAGAAGAGUCUCUUAGCAAGAACUAUGGAGAGUUUUCGCCAUGAGCUGGAGCGCAGAGACUGUUAUAGCGGCACAGUCCUCCUGCACAGCCUGUGUGGGGGAACCGGGUCGGGUCUGGGAGCACGUCUGUGUGAAGAAAUUAGAGACACGUAUCCAGCAGGUCAUAUAUUGUCAGUAGCUGUGGCUCCACAUGAGACUGGUGACACCCCACUUCAGCAUUACAACUCCCUGCUCUGCUUGUCUUCGUUACAGAGGUACUCAGACGGGAUCCUCCUCUUCCAGAAUGAUGACAUCAUGCACAGAGUGGCAGCUCUUGGGGAGAAAAAGGUACCCCUUGUGUCUGGUGUGGAGACUCCAGUUUCACUCGCUGCUAUGAACAGCCAUAUUGCUUCUUGCCUAGCGGGACUCCUGUACCCCACAAACACACUCAGAACCAGAAGUGCAGUGAGUGUUGGAAUUGAACCGUGGGAGAUCAUCAGGACACUGUGCCCAAUGAGCACCUUGAAAUUCCUUCAUACAACCCAGAUUUGCAGAAGAGGAACUCCAUUUUGGGAUAGAGUGACCGUGUCUCUUACAAAGAAUAUUCCUCGUGCCUCUCCAGAUGGCGCUGGUCUGCAUCACAGCACAUCAGUACUUGCAGUGUCUCGUGCCUCCCAGGACAAAUCAUUCCUCCUUUCUCAGGAUUCAGUACUGAUGAAGCUUAAACAAUCCUAUCGGUGCGUUCCCUGGAACCCAUUCCCCGUCGACUGCUGGACAGGGUCGCAAAACAUUUUGGAUCCUUCUCAGCAGAGCCACUCUCUGACUGUUUGUGCCAACCAUUCCAGUGCUGCAGACCUGAUGAGGAGGGUGAUCCACAGAGCUCAGGCUAUGUAUGAAGCGCAAGCCUAUCUGCACUGGUACCAGCAGUACGGCUGCGAGAAGGAAGAUUUUCAAGAAGCUUUUCACACAUUACAGUCAGUAGCUGAAGAUUACAGCAAACUGGGCGAGCCCUGACCAGUGUCUAAAGUAUACUUAGCCCCUUCAGUGCUACUGAGCAGCACCAAGUAAAGAAUUGCUAAACUGCAUUCACUUUAUAGAGAAAAUAUACCAUAUAUACUAUAUAAAUGUAUUCUAUUUAUAUUUUCUGAGUGACACAGUGAGAGAAAUGUUAUUUAUGUUUUAUUUGUGUGUAGGUUUUGUAUUUAAUCAUUUUUAUACAUUUAAAUAAACAAGGAUUUUAUUUCUGUA